AUGCGUUUCCUCGCCGCGAGCGUCGUCCGCGGGUUCGUCCUCCCGCUCCUCGUCGUCCUCGCGCUCCUCGAGAGCGCGCACGCCGCGAAAGAAACGCGACGGAACGCCGUCCACGUCGCGCGCGCGUCCUCCGCGCGGUCCGUCGCGCUCGUCGGCGCGCCCACGAAUCUGGGGCAGCGUCGCGUCGGCGUCGAAUCCGCGCCCGAGACGCUGCGGCGGCUCGCGCGCGACGGCGCGCUCGCUCCGCCCGGGUGGGACGUCCACGAUCUCGGCGACGCGUUCGCGCGCGAAGACGGCUUCCGCUCCGCCGCGGACGCCGCCGCGGACGGCGGCGCGACGCCGUUCGCGGCCGCGUCCGCGGCGCAUCGAAAACUCGCCGACGCGGUGACGCGCGCGCUCGGCGCUGGACGCCACGACGUCGUGCUCGCGCUGGGCGGCGACCAUUCCGUCUCGAUCGGCUCCAUCGCGGGCGUCCUCCGCGACGCGCCGAGCGCUCGAAUCGUGUGGAUCGACGCGCACGCGGACGUCAACACGGAGCGCACGUCGCCGAGCGGAAACCUCCACGGCAUGGCGCUCGCGGUGUCGCGUCAGCGGCGAGGCCUGUCGCGCGACGACUCUAACGACUUUGGCGGCGCGUACGACUGGCUUCGAACGACGCGCGCGCCGCCGCUCGACCUGGCGAAGCGCGUGACGUACGUCGGCUCGCGCGAGCUCGACCCGGGCGAGGAGACGCUCCUGAACGCGCUGAACGUCUCGAGGUUCACCGGCGUCGACGAUCUGCGCGCGUUUACCGCGUCGCUGGCGAGCGACGACGACCCGGGGUCGCCGAUCCACGCGUCGCUGGACGUGGACGUCUUGGACCCGAGCGCGUUCAUGCCGUGCGUGGGGACGAGAGCACGCGGUGGGCUGACGACGGAGCAGUGCGUCGACGUCCUGCGCGCGCUCGCGGCCACGGGGCGCGUGCGGUCCGCGGAUGUCGUGGAGUUGAACCUCGAGGCGUGCGAGACGGACGAGGAGAGAGCGGCGAGCGCGGCGAACGCGGCGGCGUUGCUAAACGCGCUUCUCAAAAGUCCUUAA